AUGUCUGCUGCUCUGCAAAUCCGCCUGCAGAACGCGACGACGGACUACCAGAAGAUCCAGAAUGACAUCUCGGCGGCGGUGGAGGCGCGGCAACGGCUGGACGCCCAGUUGUCGGAGAACGAGCUCGUGAAGAAGGAAUUUGCCCAGUUGACCAAGGAGAACACGGUGUACAAGCUCAUUGGGCCUGUUCUCGUGCAACAGGACCAGGCUGAAGCGAAGAGCAACGUGGAAACACGACUGGAUUUCAUUCGCAGCGAAAUCAAACGCGUCGAAGCCCAGCUGAAGGACCUCGAUGAGAAGUCUGAGAAGAAGAAGGCUGAGCUCGUCGAGGUCCAAGUCGCACUACAAGACCAGGCGAAGGCGUCCGCACCAACUGCUAUUGCUGCAUAG